UGGAGACGUUUCUCUUCUAGUAAUAUUCAAGUUCAACUACGUUGUACGGGAAAUUUGAUGCACCUAGUAUCUAACCAACCAAAUUAGAAAACCCAGUGAAGACAACGACAUCUUAUUAAGACUGAAAGUCAUUCGUCUCGAAGGAGUCCUUCUCUGGUCGGUCUUUACCAGGAUUGAUUUCUGCAUCUCCAGAAGCGGGCUAUCUUCUCCUUUUGACUGCCAUUCCUCCGUUGUCGGCUGCUUCUGCUGCUGACUAUUUUCCUCCCCAACGGACACCAGACCGUCCCGCUGGAGAUCUACGCGAACUACUCGUCGUCCAGUGAGCAGCAACAGCAGCGCCUGCUCCUGGAAAGCAUGGCUAAAGUUGGAAACAGUGGAGAGAACGGCUCUACUGGACAUUCACAGGCUGAUUUGCUCAAGCUCCUUUCAUCGAACAAUGCCAAUCAGCUCUCGAGUGCAAGCAUUGGAGCCCUGGGCAGCAUUGGAGGUCUUGCAGCUUCCCCACACGCCAGACAAAAUGGCAGUGCCCUCAUGAGAUCAUAUGAGGCUUUACUCCAGAAUUCUGCGAGACUUCCACCACAAGCUGCAGUGCCGAGUAUUCCAGGGCCAACGCGCAGACGCAAGAAGAAGAGGAGGCGUCAACCUGACAUGCCUAAAAAAGCAUGUACUCCUUUCAUGCAUUUCUGUUCUUACUUCAAGAAGAAGUUGAUGGAAGAGGGCAAAGAGUUUCCACAGUUUGCUGACUUCGGCAAGAGAGCAGGGGAGCUCUGGCGAAAUAUGGCUGACACAGAGAAAGUUCAGUUCAAUGAAUUGUCCGAGAAAGAUCGUCAGCGAUAUAUUAAAGACAUGAAGGAAUACGAAGAACGUAAAUUGGCCGAAAAGGAGAGGGAACAGGAACUUCAGCAACAACGCGACAAAGAGCUUCAUGUGCUGAGAGAAAAGGAAAUGGAGAGAUUGCAAAAACAACGGCAUGAGCAGUUGGAGCACCAACAGAAGCAAAUGGAGCACCACAAGCAGCAGAUGGAACAGACACAGGCCCACCAGCCUCAAGCUGCGUCUCCAACUCACUCGAACGCCGCUCUCAUGAAUAUGCUCAACCCGCUCAGUCCGCUGAACCCACUCAUGAUGGCUGCCUUGAAUCAGUCCUUAAUGCAAACCAUGAUUACAAAUCCUGAACUUUUUAAGACAAUGUACUCAGAGGCAGCUAAAAACUAUUAUCUUGAAUCCCUGAAGAACUAUUAUCAAAAUUCUCCAUUACCCCAGUCAAACGGCUGCAGCACCUCUGUAAGCACAUCAGGUUGUACCACGCUGACCUACUCUCCUCCCACGGACAUGCAUUCUCCCUUGAGUACAAACCCGUUGGGUUCGAUGAACAUGAACCUCAAUCUCCUCUCACUGAUAAACUCUGGCCAACUAAGCAGUCAGUCUAUGUCGGCUACUAAUGGCAAUGUUAGUCCUCCGGCUGGCAAGUCUCCAACACUGACCAAAGUUUCUGGGUCGUCGCCCAUCGGCACACCAAAUAACAUGGCAUCAGCAGCGCUUGACUUGUCCUCCGCGCGAUUAGAAAGGGGAGGAUGCACCAGCGAUGAAGAGCUGAUCAAUCAGGACGACUGUGAAAUUGAAGCUUAACUACACCGCCAAUAAGGAGCAUUUGCAGUGGACUUUAGAUGAGCUUCUAGAUCCAGCUGAUUCCAAGCCUGGACCUCUUCAAGCACUACUCACUACUGCUCUGUGGCCUCUGGUCUCACCUUCCAAGUGCACCUCUAGGCUGACUUGCUAAGAUGUUUAGUGUAUCAAACCUGGAUCAAUUGUUUGGUUUAAAAUUCAAUAUUUUGGCAUUGACCUGCCGUUAAUAAAUAUUGACAUCUUGAGUGCCUCUUCCACAUGAAAUUUGUCUCUAUUGUCUAUAUUCUGAUAUCUGCUUGCACUAUCUGUCAUUGGUUAUUUCUUUAAUGCUAAUCUUGGGUACUAUUGAAAAAAUGUCUUCGGAAUCUGAGUGCCAAUCGCAAUUUAAAUUAACCGAGUUUACAAGUGAGUGGGAAUCAUCAGUAAUUUACUACCAUGUUCUGAAGAUGAGCAAUAGUGCUUAUAUUUGGGUGGGAACUGAGGCAGGUGAGCAGGGCACUCUGGUAGCGGCGUUGUCAGCCCGACCUGGAGUGCCUGAUCAUAUGUUGACAUCAUCACUCUUAAGAGGUAACUGCCAGGAAAUGGCUUCUUCUUGUGCCGGCCGUUUGCAAUCAAGAUUAAAAUUCCCGGUAUUACUCAGUCUUGAUAUUCCUGAGGUUCCACUACUGCUCGACCAUGUUGAAAAGACUUUGUUGCAAAGAUUAGCAUGAGUCAAUAAAACUUUUCUAUCAGUUAUUAGAAGGCACAGAGUACCGGUAUCAUCUAUGUGUCUAUCGUUUUAAUUAAAUUUUCUUAUUUUUUCUUAUUACCUUGUGUUAAAUGCCAAAGAACGCAAGUGGCUCAUUCCAUUAAAUAAAUUCAGCUCGUA